AUGGAUGUGGCAAAGUUUUUAAAAGCUAAAGAGGAAUUAUAUGAUUUAGUAUUGGAUGAGGUUUCAAAUAGCACUCCAAAUUUAAAAGAAUUGGACCAUUGGAGAAAUGUUGAAUUCCCAAAUGAAUUGGAAAAUCGAUAUUCCAAAGGUGAAUUGGAGAUUAAUAAACAAGAAUUAACAAAAUUGAUGGAUUGGAAGUUGAAAAAGGGGAAAUUUAGACCAACAUUAAAGAAAUUGAUUGGACAAAAUGAAGAAGAUAAUGUGAUAGCAAUAACUAAAGAAGCAUUUGCCCUAUUUCUUGAAUCUAAAGAUACUAGUCCAACAAAAGAAGACUAUAAGAAAAUUGUUAAGAAGGCAUUAACGAUAUUAGUUAAAUUAAGAGGAGUUGGGCCAGCCACGGCUUCAUUAAUGCUUUCUUUAUUGAACAAGAUUACUAAAUUAGCACCACCUUUUUAUUCAGAUGAAGCUGCAGAAUAUGUUUUCGCUUUGGUGAAUGAUGGUGAUGAUGAGAUUAAAUUGAAAUAUUCAAUGAGUGAAUAUAUUAAAUGGUUAGAUUUGAUGUGUGAUUUGAAUGAAGGUUAUGUUUAUGAUUUUAAAGAUGUUGAGAAUGGGAUUUGGGCUAUAAAGCAGAAUGAAUAUUAUGAGGUGAAGCCAAGGGAGAAGAGCAAAGAGGUGAAAGAGGAUGAUGAUGAUGAUGAUGAUGAUGAUGAUGAUGAUGAUGAUGGGAAGAGUGUGAAGAAGCGUAAAGUGUCAAAAGAAUGA